AUGUCUCCCCUCUUUUUGUGUCAUGCGUCGAGAGCUUUGAGGACUACAAGCAUUCUUUCAACGCUUAGGUCUUGCUACCAGCCAUUUUGGCGUCUUUCUAAACGUCGAAUGGCCAUUUAUGCUGAUCCUAUAGCCAAGGGCAUCUCCGGCAGAGCUAGAAAGUCUGUUGGUUAUUGGCUUAUGGGAAUGGCAGGCAUGACAUUUGGAGCAAUAGUGCUCGGUGGAGUCACUCGAUUAACUGAAUCGGGUUUGUCAAUGGUUGAUUGGCACCCAUUUAAAGAGGUUCCUCCGCGUACAGAAGAUGCCUGGAAAAGAGAAUUUGAAAAAUACAAGCAGUUUCCUGAAUACAGCUAUGUUGUGAGAGAACAUGGUGAUAUGACUCUUUCUCGAUUCAAGUUCAUAUGGUACAUGGAAUGGGGACAUAGGCAAUGGGGGCGCUUGAUUGGGGUCGCUUAUGCAAUACCAGCUGCCUUAUUUUGGUACAGGGGCUGCUUUAAUAAGUCAAUGAAGGUCAGGGUUGUUGCCUACGGUGCCUUAAUUGGAUUUCAGGGACUGUUGGGUUGGUACAUGGUGAGAAGUGGACUAAAAACCCCACCUCGACCAGCUGGUAUGGAUCCCAAAGAGGAAUUUGUUGGAGUCCCUCGAGUGAGCCAUUAUCGUCUUGCGGCACAUUUAUCAACUGCAGCAAUACUUUAUGCCCUUUUCUUGUGGUCUGGAUUCAGUCACUUGUCCAAGCAUCCACAGAUACAAAGGUUUCCACAACUCGUUAAGCUGAAGAUAUGGAGCCACUCCUCCAAAGCAUUAAUGUUUACAACAUUGAUAUUUGGGGCCUUUGUGGCAGGCCUCGAUGCUGGUUUGACGUACAAUUCUUGGCCCAAAAUGGCUGAUCGAUGGGUCCCAGAGGAUUUCAUUGUUCCUCGAUAUGGAUCUACUUUGCGCAAUCUCGUCGACAAUCCCACCGCCGUCCAAUUCAUGCAUAGAAAUCUUGCUUAUUUGACUGUCUUAGCUGUGACUGCAACUUGGGCAAUGACUUUGAGAGUACCAGGAGGUCGGGCUGUUACAGGUCAGCAGCUUCGCAACGCAGCACAUCUGAUGCUGGCAGCAACUGUUGGACAGUCAGCGAUCGGUGUCAUCGCUCUUCUCGAAUACGUGCCUGUGUGGUUGGGAGCUUUGCAUCAGGGAGGUGCGCUCGCCCUGCUUUCUACCAUCAUGUGGUACACCCACUGUCUCAGGGCAGUACCAAAGUAG